GAGCCAGACUGUAAACAGAGGGAGCGGGUGAUUCAGCUGCCGUCAGAUGAAGGAGGGAUGCUGCUAACACUCCUCUUCUACCUGCGAGUGAAAGGUAAAUUCCUGUCUCCCCCUCUGUCUGUCUGUGUCUGUCUUUGUCUGUCUUUCUGUUUGUCUGUGUCUGUCUGUCCCCAACAGAAAGCGUACUGUGGCCACUGCAGUGAAAGGAUAUGGGGGCUGGGGAGGCAGGGCUACAAGUGUAUCAACUGCAAACUGCUGGUCCAUAAGCGCUGUCACAAACUCGUCCCUCUGACCUGCCAAAGGCAUAUGGAUCCAGUCAUGCCAUCACAGGAGCCCCCUUUAGAUGAGAAGAGUGAAGAGGUGGACCUCCCCCCUGAACACACAGAGGAUACAGAUGGAAUAACUUUCCUACCACACAGUCGCAAAGUGGACAAAGUGGAAGAGGACUCGAAGGACAUCAAAGCGGUGGUGGGCGGGAUCGACGGUAUCAAGAUCUCCCAGGAGAUGGCGCUAGGCCUGGGGGACUUUGACCUGAUCCGGGUGAUCGGCCGCGGCAGCUACGCCAAGGUGCUGCUGGUGCGACUCAAGAAGAAUGAACAGAUCUACGCCAUGAAGGUGGUCAAGAAGGAACUGGUGCACGACGAUGAGGACAUCGACUGGGUGCAGACAGAGAAGCAUGUGUUUGAGCAGGCGUCGACCAAUCCGUUUUUAGUGGGCCUUCACUCAUGCUUUCAGACAGAGAGCCGGUUAUUUCUCGUGAUCGAGUACGUCAACGGAGGGGAUCUGAUGUUUCAUAUGCAACGGCAACGGAAACUACCAGAAGAACAUGCGAGAUUCUAUGCUGCUGAAAUUUGUAUCGCUCUGAAUUUCCUGCACGAAAAUGGAAUCAUCUACCGAGAUUUGAAACUAGACAACGUCCUCUUGGAUCACGAGGGACACAUCAAGCUCACAGACUACGGGAUGUGCAAGGAGGGCAUCAGACCUGGAGACACCACCAGUACAUUCUGUGGAACCCCCAACUACAUCGGCCCUGAGAUCCUCAGAGGGGAAGACUAUGGGUUCAGUGUUGACUGGUGGGCGUUAGGCGUGCUUAUGUUUGAGAUGAUGGCCGGAAGGUCCCCUUUCGACAUCAUCACCGACAAUCCUGACAUGAAUACCGAGGAGUACCUCUUCCAAGUUAUUCUGGAAAAAACGAUUCGCAUCCCAAGGUCCCUGUCGGUAAAGGCUGCCAGCGUGCUGAAGGGCUUUUUAAACAAGGACCCCAAAGAGCGUCUGGGUUGCCAGGUCCAAACGGGCUUCGCUGACAUCAAGUCGCACACGUUUUUCCGCAGUAUAGACUGGGACCAGCUGGAGAAGAAACAGAUGGCCCCGCCCUUCAAGCCCCAGAUCACAGACGACUACGGCCUGGAGAACUUCGACACCCAGUUCACCAACGAACCAGUGCAGCUAACGCCAGACGAUGAGGACAUCAUCAAGAGAAUAGACCAGUCCGAGUUUGAGGGAUUUGAAUACAUCAACCCCCUGCUGCUAUCCACGGAGGAGUCUGUAUGAGGGGGAGGAGACCUCCUUUUCUUCUCCCACCUGUGUCUGUCUACUGCCCCGUCCACCCCCACCCCUCUCUCAGCCAAAUCAAUGAACAACUCCCUCUGCCGAGGAGGAGUGGAAUGGAGGGAGGACAAAGGGAGGACAAGAAAUUCUCGGCUUUGCACGAGGGACGAGGCUCGAGGACACAAAUGCAAAAAGGAGCCUUUUUUUCUUUUGUCGUGGAUCUCCCAUAACGGAUUGCAUUAUUUUGUCGCCGGGGCAAAACUCUUUGGAGGUGGUCAACACAACAAAAUACACAGGAACAUUCUCAAAACUCAGUUGUUGAUUAUCUUCCUGUUUUUUUGGCUUUGCGGUUUUGAUUGUUUCCCUCAACAACUCAAUUUCUGUGUCAGCAGCACGGCAGGAAGCAACUUAAUUCUGUGCCUGCCAUUGUAAAACAGAUUUUUACACCCCCCCGCCCGGGUGGAAUAUGAAAGUUCUACGACUCAGAACUUGAAUUUAUGUUGUAGGAAGCUCCGCUGCCUCGAGCAAAACAAGAAUGUACAAUGAUGAAGGAAAGAAUAGUGCUAGAAGUUAUUCUUGUGUAUUCUACUGUAGGCAGCGCCUCCAAAUCAACGCUGCCUUUCUAUUGAUUCAAAGUGGUUCGUUUUAUUCAUGACCAUGGAUUUUGUUUAUUUUCUUCAGCCAGUUUGAUUUUCAUGAACAAAACCGUUUUUGCCCCCACCAUUUUUUUUAUUUAAGAAGUGCCUCAAAGAUCCAAUCUACAUCAUGUUUCUGAUUGCACUUAUCGAUUGUUUCCAAUUCCCUUCAGCUGCCUGGUGGUUGGUCAGUUCCCUUCAGUUGCCUGGUGGGUUGGUCAGUUCCCUUCAGCUGCCUGGUGGGUUGGUCAGUUCCCUUCAGCUGCCUGGUGGGUUGGUCAGUACCCUUCAGCUGCCUGGGUGGUUGGUCAGUUCCCUUCAGCUGCCUGGGUGGUUGGUCAGUUCCCUUCAGCUGCCUGGUGGGUUGGUCAGUACCCUUCAGCUGCCUGGGUGGUUGGUCAGUUCCCUUCAGCUGCCUGGUGGUUGGUCAGUUCCCUUCAGCUGUCUGGUGGGUUGGUCAGUUCCCUUCAGCUGCCUGGUGGUUGGUCAGUUCCCUUCAGCUGCCUGGUGGGUUGGUCAGUACCCUUCAGCUGCCUGGGUGGUUGGUCAGUUCCCUUCAGCUGCCUGGUGGUUGGUCAGUUCCCUUCAGCUGCCUGGUGGGUUGGUCAGUUCCCUUCAGCUGCCUGGUGGGUUGGUCAGUUCCCUUCAGGUGUCUGGUGGGUUGGUCAUUUCCCUUCAGCUGCCUGGGUGGUUGGUCAGUUCCCUUCAGCUGCCUGGGUGGUUGGUCAGUUCCCUUCAGCUGCCUGGUGGGUUGGUCAGUUCCCUUCAGCUGCCUGGUGGGUUGGUCAGUUCCCUUCAGCUGCCUGGUGGGAUGGUCAGUUCCCUUCAGCUGCCUGGUGGGUUGGUCAGUACCCUUCAGCUGCCUGGGUGGUUGGUCAGUUCCCUUCAGCUGCCUGGUGGUUGGUCAGUUCCCUUCAGCUGCCUGGUGGGUUGGUCAGUUCCCUUCAGCUGCCUGGUGGGUUGGUCAGUUCCCUUCAGCUGCCUGGGUGGUUGGUCAGUUCCCUUCAGCUGCCUGGUGGGUUGGUCAGUUCCCUUCAGCUGCCUGGUGGUUGGUCAGUUCUCUUCAGCUGCCUGGUGGUUGGUCAGUUCCCUUCAGCUGCCUGGUGGGUUGGUCAGUUCCCUUCAGCUGCCUGGUGGGUUGGUCAGUUCCCUUCAGCUGCCUGGGUGGUUGGUCAGUUCCCUUCAGCUGCCUGGUGGUUGGCCAGUUCCCUUCAGCUGCCUGGUGGGUUGGUCAGUACCCUUCAGCUGCCUGGGUGGUUGGUCAGUUCCCUUCAGCUGCCUGGUGGUUGGUCAGUUCCCUUCAGCUGCCUGGUGGUUGGUCAGUUCCCUUCAGCUGCCUGGUGGGUUGGUCAGUUCCCUUCAGCUGCCUGGUGGGUUGGUCAGUUCCCUUCAGCUGCCUGGGUGGUUGGUCAGUAACCUUCAGUUGCCUGGUGGUUGGUCAGUUCCCUUCAGCUGCCUGGUGGGUUGGUCAGUUCCCUUCAGCUGCCUGGUGGGUUGGUCUGUUGGUGAAGAAAGCCAUUGGAACACAUCAUUCAUAAAGACCACAGGUCCUCAAUUCUAAAAAGUUUUCAUGCACCGAUUUGUUCGUAAAUUGUGCAUACACUAAAAUGUAGACUAUGCCAAUGUUUCAAGAGUUAAAUAUUUAACAACCUUCAGCUUGAUGAUCACAACACUAUCAUCUGUGGGUGAACAGAAUUCUGAACUAUAAUGCAUAGUCUUCCGCACUAAAGUCUGGGCUACUGUACGUCACUUAGAACAUCUUAACAAUUCCAAGUUGCCAUAGUAAGUUGCCAUGGUAAGUUGCCAUGGUAAGUUGCCAUGGUAAGUUGCCAUGGUAAGUUGCCAUGGUAAGUUGCCAUAGUAAAUUGCCAUGGUAAGUUGCCAUAAACAGCAUAAAGAUGUAAGUUAGUUGAUCACCGUAGAUUGUGAGUUAAGUGCGUUUUAAUGAGGGAACUCGUUCUAAAUUGUGCAUACUCACAUUUUGAGAACUGAUUGAAUGCUCAAAUGUUGUACAACAACUCAUUUUAUAAAUGAGGCCCCAUGUCUUAUGCCAUUCGAAUGGUUGCAUCUUUAAAAUGAACGUUGCGGAGCACAGUAGCCAUCCAAGGUUCUGAUGAAAGCAUGGUUAUAUAUGGUGAAAUACAGUACAGGGCUACAUCACUCCUGAAUGAUCGAAUCUUUUAACCUUUUGUCUGCAUACACUGGUGCACAAUGUGACAAACUGUGUUGGAUGUCAGUGACUGGCAGGCUAGUGAUUUGGACUUUGACUGCACAGCAGAAGGCCACACUGAUUAUAAUAGUUGAGGACUGGACAUGGUGGUGGGGGAAGACAUUGUUAAGGUGCACAUGCUGACCUGCACUACACCUGACCUGUAAUCAGUGAAUAGGGGCGAGAUAAAUUAAGCUGUGGCAUUGCCACAGAUUAGUCGCAUACUCGAGAAAACACACACACACACACACACACACACACACACACACACACACACACACACACACACACACACACACACACACACACACACACACACACACACACACACACACACACACACACACACACACACACACACACACACACACACACACACACACACACACACACUCUCUCUCUCUCUCCAACUCAGACUACAGCAGAUGCAGGUACUGUUCAACAAGCAUUCUCUUCAUCUACGUAAGGGGAGAUUCCACUUUUUCAAAGCCAUCUUACUUACCAUGGCAACUUACCAUAGCAACUUACCAAGGCAACUUACCAUGGCAACUUACCAUGGCAACUUACUAUGGCAACUCCCUUCAGCUGCCUGGUGGUUGGUCAGUUCCCUUCAGCUGCCUGGCGGGUUGGUUAGUUCCCUUCAGCUGCCUGGUGGGUUGGUCAAAAUCAGUGUCACCAUUUUGUUUUAUUUAUGAACUGUGUUAUAUGUUGAACUCAAAAGGAAUACAUUCACUUGACAUUGUCUCGUGAGAGACCAACGGAUUAACUGAAGCGGUAGCUCUUGAAAUCGUUGCUAACGCUAAAGCAACGGCCAUUUUAAACCCGGAAAAGUGAAAAGAAUGGUUGGAUCUCAAUUGUAUUUUCUUUGAUUCCUCACAUCCUCUAUUCUCGUCUCCUCUCAUCUCCUCAAAAUGCAUUAGAGCAGAAGACCGGCGGUUCAUCCCAAUGCAAUGGAGAUUCCCUUAAAGAGUAUCUGUAAAAAUGUUACUUAGUACAUGAUUUUUUUGUGUUUUACAACAUAUUUGCUGGUUGGAUGUGCUUAAUUCUGCUUUAACGCAUCUCUGUAAAUAUCUGUAAUUAUUAAAAACAAAAAUGUUUUUCCGUGAA